CACUUAGAGGGUUGUGUAGUGGUGGUGCAGCUCAGUGUCACAUCAGUGCGGUGGGAGGAUGAAGGCAGCCGCAGGGACGUGGGACCGCACUUCUGCUGCAUGCAACGCACAGUGUGAAACUCGAUGCUGCCGCUGGACUUUCUAAUGAUUCGGAGAAAAUCCAAAACUUUGAGGCUUCAAGGAUGAUCUUCUCAGAUGGGACUCUCUCAGCCGUCAGUUUUGCGCUCCUGUUGGGAAUAACGUGUCUCUGCGAUCUCUCCAAGGGCUCUCCAGACUUUUCAGGUUACCUGUCCGAAGUGUUAAGGAACUACACCGAGCAGGCUUGUGACGGAGACUUCCUGUCCGUUCGCUGUCCUCCCCGCACCACCAUCACCGUCCAGUCAGCUUUCUACGGGAGAAGAGGUGCCUCUGAUCCCCAACAGUGCCCUCAGACCUACCAGGCCCUCUUCAGUUCUUAUAACACUCGGGAGGAUGAUCGAUAUUGUUCCGUGUCCACUGCACUACAGAAAAUGCUGGACGAGUGCCAGGACAGAAGGAGCUGUCAAGUCCUUGUCAACAGCCGCGUGUUUGGGACAGACCAGUGUCCCGGCAGCAGCAAAUACCUCAUUGUCUGGUACAAAUGCAGACCUAAUGAGUAUAAAAGUAAGGUGGUCUGCGAGGAGGAGAGGAUGAGGCUGAGCUGCAAACGGGGGAUGCAGAUUGCUGUUUACUCUGCCAUGUUUGGCCGAACCCAGCAGGGGACCCUGGAGUGUCCUCUUUACCACAGGAGGGCCCCAUCAGUAGAAUGCCAGUCGUCGGUCGCCCUGAAGGUUCUGACGUCCCGCUGUCAGGGAAAGAAAAGCUGUCUGGUCCGAGCCUCCAGCAGAGACUUUGGAGAUCCGUGUUAUGCAGGCACCAGGAAGUACCUCAGUGUCAUCUACACCUGUGUUCCAAAGAAGUUGCUCCAGGAGCAGGGCUCCAGACCCCCGGUGUACCACCCACCUCCCAGCGCCCAUGACCCCAACAUAGUGGGAGACAGCCCUCCUGAGGGGAGCUCGGUCAAAAGACCCGACAGUGUUCCAGACAAGAAGAAGAUCAGGGAGACAAACCCCAACGAAGAGAAGGCUUCAGGAAGUGGAAGAGGACGUGGAGAACGUCCACUGCGACCAGCAGGCAUGAACCCCAUCAUCAACUCCACCUCUAGCGCCAACAUGGCCCUCAUCAGCAACGCACUGGCAGCCUACACUUACAUAUCAGACCACCCGGAGAGAGCUGCACUAUUCUUCGUCUGCGGCGUGUGUUUGGGCCUCUUCCUCACCCUCUUCGCCCUGGUGGUGCAGAUCUCGUGUCGCACCGACUGCCAGCCCCGCCAGCGGCCUCCCACCAAGAAACGAGCGCGCCCCACGGACUCGUCCUCCGACUCCAGCGACUCAGACUCGGACUGGGACACCACCUCGGACCUGUCGGCGCGGAGACACCGGCGCUUUGAACGUACGCUUAACAUGAACGUGUUCACAUCAGCGGAAGAGCUGGAAAGAGCGCAGAGGCUGGAAGAAAGGGAGCGGAUCAUCCGAGAGAUCUGGAUGAACGGGCAACCGGACAUCCCAGGGACACGGAGCCUCAAUCGGUAUUACUGAGAAACUGCUGAAGGGGCUUUUAAAAGAAGGCUUACACAACUUGAACAAAACUUAGGAUGCACUUGGGUUGUAGGGGGACAGAGAAAAAGGCUUUGUAAGCAAGCAAGCAUGAAAAAGCAGCUGUGGACUCACACCAAUGAGAGAAGGUAUUGCAGACUUGGGAAGAAAGUCCUCCCUCUCUGCUGGUUUGCGUAUUCCUCCGGGCGUCAUAAGCUAUCAGUAGGACAAUAAGCUCCCACUCUGCAUGGUAAGCUUGCCUCUUACCGCUGGAAGUGAGGGGUGAAAGGCUGCACUGCCUUGCCCGUGACCUCAGUAGGCCUUUUUGAAGCGGGGAUUUGUUGGUUAGCUGCCUUCGACAUACACAGGCCUGCAGAGACUACAUGGUGACUGAAGGACCAUGGCCUCUGAUAGAUCUGUUUCAUGCAGGGCAGCUGGAAGAGACUUUAUGCUCACUACCCUCCAGUAUUCACGUGUGAACUUUAACAGAGGGGCAGUACAAAGCAAGCUGACAAUGGGACAAUCUAAGACAAUCUUUCCAUCUUGAGUAAUCAUGCUGCCUUCUGAGCUUUAUCAAACCAAAAGAUAUUUUUGGGGAAAAUUCAUCUCAACCCUUAUGAAAUAUAUUUUAUAAUAUUUAAUAGUUUAUUGAUGUUGUGUAUUUUUUGUUCUCCAGUAUGGUUUAUCAUGAGAUAUUUUUAUACUUGGCGAAGGUUGUCUGGCGCCUCAGGGAUGCAAUCCUAGUGUUUCUGUGUUUGGUUGAUGUAUUUGCUUCCUAAGAAGGGGAUCAGCCCAUUUAAACAGCUACGUAUGUCAGCAUUUAAAGAAACGAAUUAGAAAUAUCAUAUAAAGAGCCUCAAAGAGGUUUUUAGUGAUUUAACCUUAUUUUUGAUACAGUAUGUUUUAACUCACAGUGCAGUGCCUUUUCUAGCUCUUAAGUCGCUGUUGUCAAGAUUGCAGCUGGUGUGUCUCAGUAACCGGUCAGAUUAUUUAUUAAUUGGAAAUCCUAAAUUUAUCUCAUUACAUAUGUAUUCCCUUUUGCCAAUACCGUUGCUUUGCUGAAGUUGAGCAUGUGUAAAGUCUGAAUGUCUCUCUUAAACAUUGCACUUGCUAUCUUCCCAGAUGUAAAUGUACAUUACCAGAUAUGCAAAUUUUGUACCAGUGAUUUUGCUAGAAUUCUAUUUUUCUGGUCCUCACUCAUAACAGAUUGUGUGAAUUUCAGGUCUUGUGCCAACCAUGUCAGAGAUAUAGUGCUGAACAGAUGCUUGUACUCAUGGCCAUCUGAAGAAGGAAGCAGCACUGCAAAAAAAAAAGAACAAAAUAAUGUUCACAGCGGACAUGUAACCUGCUCCUCUUAAAUCAUGUUGCCAGUUUAAUAAUAUAAGCUAUUGUCAGUCCACUUCUGUUUGUGCUUCCCCGGAUUCAAACAUAGAAAUAAUUAUAGUUUUUUUUUUUUUUUUAAAAAGCUUGCUAUUUUCCUGACUGAGAGUUUAACUAAACAGGACAUAUUAGGGUCAUGUUCAUAAAGUACACAGCUCUUCAUAGUUUCUUACAGAGACAGUUAUUGUGUUUAAGUUUGAAUGGGAUUAAAAUGUGGCAAUAACUGGUAAGGUGAGACCAAAAUAUGAUUCCUGUGUUUGGAAUAAACAGUUUAAAAAUAA